UUUCGUAUGCUGCUGUCCAGUCCGGAUGCCUGUUACCGUCUACUGGAGAGACUAGGGGACGGCGGGUACGGGGAGGCAGCUCUGUUUCAAGGCAAGAGAAGGCAGUCUAAAAGUCAGCUAAAUAACUGGGACCCGUCACAUGGCUUCAGGCUGGAGGAGAGUGCCACCGUCACCGUCAACAACCUUCUGGAAGAUUCGUCGUUAAGGGAACAAAACGCUCUCUACCAGAGAUACAUUAACGAGAACCGGGAGGUACUGAAGAAAGAGCUGGGCUUGACUGAAGAGGACAUUAUCGACCUGCCGCAGUUGUACCGGGAAGUGAGAGAGCCUAGCGUUGACACGCCGGGGCGAGCGGCUGCAGCCUUUCCGAACCUGGUGAACAUGAUAGUUCUAGGAAAAUUCCUGGUCAUCCCAAAGCCCUUCGGUCCUAUCAUCAACGGCACAUGCGCGUUGGAACAACACGUGACGUCACUGCUGGAACCUUUGGGGACUGACCUGCGACUUCCUGGAUGACUGGUACUCCUAUCAGGUGUUCCUGGGCGAGGUGCAUUGUGGGACUCAAGUACGACGACAGCCACCCGCCUUUAAGUGGUGGGAGAUGGUCCUUUGAUAUCUAUGGAAUUGAGGUUUCUCAAAAGGCAUUUCCUGAAUAAAAUCUAAAUCUUUACGAA